GGCGCAGCCCGGGUGAGGCUCACAAUCCAAUCGUUCAUCCACACUCGUCUCCCGCACCAUGAACUGAAUGUGUCCGGGACAGAUCAGGGAAGAUGGCGGCCACUGACCAGUCCCGGUCCGAAGCUGCCAAACAACGACGGCAGGAUCAGCUCCAGCGAUGGCUGGGCUCGGAGACCGACCGGACAGACCCGCAGGCUCGGCAUACGGCGGACGGCUCGGGGUCUCGUCGGGCGAGGGUCCGUUUCGCUCAGGGAGCCGUGUUUAUGGCCGCCUGCUCCGCCGGGGACCAGGAGGAGGUGGCGGCGCUUCUCCGGCAGGGAGCUGACAUCAACCACGCCAACAUUGACGGCUUGACAGCACUCCACCAGGCCUGCAUUGACGAGAAUGCUGAGAUGGUGCAGUUUCUGGUAGAGAGCGGGAGCAACGUCAACAUGGGCGACAAUGAGGGCUGGAACCCCCUGCAUGCGGCGGCAUCCUGCGGCUUCAUCCAGAUUGCAAAGUACUUGAUAGAACACGGUGCUCACGUUGGGGCGGUGAACAGCGAAGGGGACCUUCCUCUGGAUGUGGCCACAGAGGACGCUAUGGAAAGACUGCUCAAGGGCGAAAUUAAAAAGCAAGGAAUCAAUGUAGACCAGGCCCGAAAGGAGGAGGAGAGGAUCAUGCUCCAGGACGCCAUGGCAGUGCUUGAAGCUGGCGGCACUCUGACGCCUCACCCGAACACCAAGGCAACAGCUCUGCACGUGGCGGCCGCCAAAGGAUACAUUGAAGUUCUAAAGGUGCUAUUACAAUGCGGGGUGGAUGUGGACAGUCGGGACGUGGAUGGGUGGACGCCUCUGCAUGCCGGGGCUCACUGGGGGCAGGAGGAGGUGUGCACGCUGCUUAUGGACCACAUGUGUGACAUGACUGCCAUCAACAAUGUGGGCCAAACACCUUUAGAUGUUGCAGACGAGAACCUAGUGGACAUGCUGGAGGAGCUGCAGAAGAAGCAGAAUGCUUUACGUACCGAGAAAGAAAAACAGACUCCUGUCAUCGAAACCAGCCUGCAAAUCUCUACGGUACCAGUUCGCACACGAAGGACCUCCAUCUCGCGUAUGAGCAGUAGGGACAAAAUCUGCCUCCAUGAGCGGGAGAAGCACCCUCCUCCCGCCCUGCAGAGCAGCCCGGCCGAAGACGAGGAGGACGAAGGCCAGACUGCACGGAGUCAGUCUCAAAGUCAGCCCAAAGCCUCGAGCAGCUCCAGCUCGGAGGAGGAGAGCGAAUCGGAGAGUGAUGCUGAAUCUGAGAAAGCAAAGAACCGAGAGAUGAUCAACAACUUGAACAACAAACGCAACACCAGCAGCCUUCUCCCUACCUCCAUGCCAGCAAGCACUCCUGCAAGCCAAGUUAAAAAGGAACCAAGCAAACCCCCAGUGACAGAGGCACCAGGCUCCUGGAGGACAUCACUGAGGAAGGCAGGCAGCUCUGUCACUCUGGGCUCAGCGGGACUGGCUGACUCCAGCCCAGACCAGAGCAAGCCCGCACAGUCAGGCCUGGGGAUGACCCGCUCUGCCUCUAGUCCUCGUCUCAGCUCUGAAGCCGACCCCAAGGAACCAAGACUUGCUCGGGUUCCUCCUAUUCCCACUAGGAGACUCUUCAGUAUUCCAGACAGCAACCCUGACAACUCAAACAGCUGGCUUAGUCGUAGCUCGUCUUACACGCGCCGCCUUCACAGCCAACCAGGGAAUGACUUCACUAGCUCCAAUCCGUCUUUUCCUCACAGCUCUUCUUACGGAAAGAGACCGGAUGCCACCAACAUCAACUCGGGUAGCACAGGAACAAGCUCAUCUGGACUCAGUCGCCUAAACACUGCCUUGGCAGAGAGACUUCCUCAGGAACAAACAGAUCCGUCCCCAUCUGUUACCAGCACAACUCCUCCUGAAUCGGAGGCCAAGCAGAGGCGCAAGUCCUACUUGACACCUGUUCGAGAUGAAGAGGCAGAGGCACAGAGGAAAGCUCGCUCGCGGCAUGCCCGGCAGUCUCGACGCUCCACUCAGGGGGUGACGCUGACAGAUCUGCAGGAAGCUGAGAAGACCAUGAAGCUUGACAACAAAGGGAGAGAAAAGAAGGAAGAAGACGAGAAGGAGAAAGAAUCAAAGUCUAAAAAGGGAGAGGAAGGGGAAGUGAGCUGGAGGUCUCGAAUAGCCAGCCUGCAGAAGUCUGACCUGCUGGGUCUCACACAGCCCGCUGGCACCCCGCGGCCUCAGACCACCGAUAGGAGAGUAACUGAGGUCAGCGUCGGGGAGAACGAGACUGAACGAUGGGCCCAGGAGCGAAGGGAGAGAAGACAAGCCCGAGCCAGAAGGAAGGCUCAGAGGAGCGGGGAGCCUGAUGACAACGAUCCCAGCGGAGAGGAAGAGUUCUCGAGCAGCCGGCUGGAUCCACAGUCAGACCAGCACUCGGGUUCCAGGCCCAGUGCACCCUGUAAUGAGGGAGGGGAAAGCAAGGAUUUCAAAAAGCUCUUUGAGGAGGUGACAAGAGAAAACAGCCAGCUUCAGUCUCAGCUGCAGGACACACAGAGGAUUGUCAGUAAGACCAGGCUGGACCUAGAAAAGGCCACCCAGAGACAGGAGCGCUUCACUGACUGUUCAGCCAUGCUGGACCUCGAGCGAAAGGACCGAAGGAUGCUGGAACGGCGUAUGGCGGAGCUGGAGGAGGAGCUGAAGGUUCUGGUUGACCUGAGAGCAGACAACCAGCGUCUUAAAGAUGAGAAUGGAGCACUGAUCCGUGUCAUCAGCAAACUCUCCAAGUAGAUCCAGAGGGACCGAGAUACAAAAAGCAGGGACGCCCUCCUCCUCUUCAUCCAUUCUUCCAUACACACAUUCCUCCAAAUGCCAAAGAGCAAGAGGAGGAGGGGGCAGCUGAACCUCCUGCUUCCAUGAGCACUACAGCCUGACUUGGAUUGUGACGCCGCUCAAAAAGCUGGAGUGGCUUUUGUGUUGCCUUGUUUGUCAUAGGAAGUAUUUUUGGUGACGGCCCGGUCCCACACAAGUCAAAGUGCCCACAUGUACCACAACUGUGCAUCAGGGGGAGGGGAAUGCACACUCUUUGUAAGUCCUUAAUCUGCCACUCGGUAUUUAUUUUUGUGAACACAUUUGCAUCACAUAUUCACAAGUUUGUCACAAUGGCCGGCCAUCCUGAACUUGUCAUCAAGCAGGAACGGGGUUUUUUUUUGGUUUUGUUUCCACAUGCAAGUGUUUGAACCCACCUACCUCUCCACCUAUGCACCCCUUUUUUUACUCCUACAUAUGUUUUAUUUUUGUGACCACACAUACACUCCAUAACAUUAAAAACAAAAUAAAUGAAAAGACCACGGGUGCAGGUCAAGGCACUUUAUUCUCUGCAAAGCAAUUAAAAGUAUGCAAAAAGAGCCUGAUCACAACUUUCUUCCUGCUGCUCGUCUGAAAGCAAGUAGCGGGAGAAGCUAAAGGUCAAGGUCAUGCACAAUUUUUAAAAGAUGCUGUCCAGUUGAAGUCUAUUAAGCUAUGAAUUUUUUAUCAUUGAUUAAAAAAAAUAGAAAUGUCAUAGUUUUUCAAUGUAAAUUCCUCUCUUGCAAGAGAGCAUGGCUAUGUAUAUUGUGUACAAAUAUUUGUCUAAUACCCUUUUUUUGAAGUUAAUGUAGCCUGCCUUCACUUCUUCCUUUUCUAAUAUAUUAAAUGGAUGUCUGCACCCUAAAUUACAAGUUUGUAG